AUGCUCGGGACCCUCGGGAUGGUGCUGCUGGUGCUGCUCAGUGACACGGGUCCAGCCCAGGCCAGCGGCUUCACAGAAAAGGGCCUUUCCUUGUUGGGCUACCAGCUGUGCAACUACCAAGUGACCCAAAAUGUCCAGAAGAUGGUGUCCUUCCAGACAUCCUCCUCAACCAACACUUCCUGCGGCGGGUGGAUCCCAUGGCAGUGGUGCUCCAAGACCAUUUACAGGACGCGGUACCUAGCGGUGGAGGUCCCUGAAACCAGGAACGUGACCGACUGCUGUCAGGGAUACGAGCAGCUGGGUCUCUACUGCGUCCUGCCCCUGAACCGGUCCGGGGAGUUUGCAUCGAGACCUGGCAUCUGCCAGGCAGUGGAGCCGGGACCAUCCACCUCACCCUGCACCCUGGACACUGACUGCCCUGGACUCCAGAAGUGCUGCCACUGGUCUGGGGGCCACUACUGCGUGGACCCUGCACCCCCAGCUCUGGAGAGGAACCCAGUGAAUUUCUGGUACAAUGUGACGGUGCUGGUGAAAAUGGACUUCAGGGAGCUCAGUCACGUGGACCCCCAGCUCCUGAACCACAUGAGGCUCCUGUACUCCAUGGUCACGAAUGCCCUGCAGCCAAUGGACUCCACUGUCCACCAUCUGUACUCAGCCAGCAGGGAGCCCUUCAUCACGGUGUCACAGCUGCUGCUGGGCCUGUCGCAGCCACUGCCCGUGGCCAACAUCUCUGCACUGUUGGACAACAUCGUGCAGAGAGUCUAUGAAGUGGUCAGCGUUCAGGUGCAAGACAUAAAUGAAUGUCUCUACGAUGAACUCAAUGCCUGCUCUGGAAGGGAACGUUGUUUAAACGUGGAGGGCUCCUACCAAUGUAUCUGUCCCCAGGAGCUCCUGACCUCAUCUCCCUUGAAGCCAAACCGCAUGUGUGAAGAUUGUCCUCCAAUCAGGAACUACAUGGUCUUCAAUGUCACCAGCAGAAGUUUUCAAGUGUCUUGGAGUUUAAAUUCUAUCCAGAACCAUACUUUCCAAGUCCAGGUUUUCAAGGGCGAUGAAUUAGUCAGAAGUGCCAGGACCAGAGGGAUGUCCCUCGAGGUGGUGGGGCUGGAGGCUGGAGUACUGUAUGGGGUGAAGACCAGCUACCAGGAGUGUGGGGCUGACGUCACUGCUGCGCUGACUGUCAGAACAGAUGCCCGGGUAUUCGAAGUCACAAUAAGGAUUAUCAACCGCAACUUCACGGACAAGCUACUCAACCGCAGCAGUGAAGAAUACAAGGACUUUUCUAGACAAUUGCUGCAGGAGGUUGAAAAAUCUUUCCCUCCGGCUGUUUCUGACUUGUACAGAAGAGGGAAACUGCGGGUGGAGAUUGUAUCACUUCGAGCCGGAAGUGUGGUUGUGAAGCUCAGACUCACAAUACAAGAUCCUGAGUUUCCAGUGUAUAUUUCCACGCUGUCUCCCAUGCUUCCGCCUCUGUUCAUGAGCACAGCGUUCCAAGUCGACCAACAGGGGACACUAGUGCAAGAUUGGGACGAGUGUGCGGACAUCUGGGACAACGACUGCUCGGCCACCGCCCAGUGCCUCAACCUCGAGGGCUCCUACACCUGCCGGUGCCAAACGGCGAGGGACACCAACCCCUCCCGGGCAGGACGGGCUUGUGAGGGUGAGAUGGAGAACCCCACAGAAGGCAUGCUGCCUCCGUCAACAGGGGUGACGGCCCCAGCUCUUGGAACAGAGGCAUCUGCUAAUGGUACCACGGUAACUGCAGGCAGGUCCACGUUUGGAACCCCUGCCUCGUCACACAGCCCCAGGAACCUGUGGAACACCCCGGCAGUAGACCAGGCCUGGACCUUUGGACCCCCACUCAGAAGAGGGGAUGACAGCAGCAUAGUUGGGCAGGACAGAAACAGCACAGGGAGUGGAGUAGAGGAGGAGGUGCCCAGUGGGGCCCCAGGCCUGGCAACAGGCCAGUGGAGGACAGGUGGGGCGGUUGGCACCAGGGCUUCUGGGCCAACCCAUGGCUCCCUUCUGGGGGCCACAGAUGGCCCACUGGACCCCACUGGGCAGUUACUGCAAAAUUCGACUGUGGAGCCCAGCUCCUGGCUUGCCCCUACCAUGGGCCCUACAGGCCACAUAGAGUGGCACCCCAGCGCCCCAACGCAGGACACGCCAUCAGCACCUCUGAGUACCACGUGGCCAUGGAACUUGCACCCUGGGCCCUCCAGCUCCCCGGACCUGCCAUCGACCCCCAGCUCUGCUUCUCCAAAGACCCCCACCUGCGUUCCUGUCCCCAUCAAAAGGGUCACAGUCUCCAAUGUGACCAGCACCAGCUUCCACAUGGUGUGGGAGGCAGAUCUCACCCUGUACCCCACUUUCCAGCUCACACUGACUUCUAUGCAAAACCUCAGCCUGGACCUGGAGACCCAGAACACAAGUCUGACGCUGUCGGGGUUGGAGCCUGGCAUCUUGUAUGUGGUUGCGAUAGUGGACAAAGCAUGUGGAAAAGAAAGUGCCAAGGUGCACUUAAAAGUGAGGACAGUGGCCCAGAGGCUCAGUGGAGAAGCCCGAAUAGCUAAUGUCAAGUAUUCAGAAUACUUUAGCAAUGUGAGCAGCACAGAGUACCAGGACUUCCUAGAACUCUUCUUUAGGAUGGUGCGGAAUGCCUUACCAGCCCGCAUGCUUCGGCUCAUGGACGAGGGUGGAAUUAAGAUGGAAGUCACCAGCGUCAGCAACGGCAGUGUCGUGGUGGCGUUCAACCUGCUGAUCUUCGCAGACGUGGAUGUCCGGGAGGUGUCAGACACGUUCCUUGCUGCCUUACAGAACAUGUCUCUGCUGAAGGUGGUCAGAGGUGACACCUUCAUCCAAGAUUAUGAUGAGUGUGAAAGGAAUGAGGACAACUGUGUGCCGGGGACCUCGUGUCUUAAUACACUUGGGUCUUUCAAGUGCAGCUGCACAGGAGGGGCCCCUGACUUCUGGGUAGAGUAUCCUGGAAGACCCUGCGAAGGUGACUCUACUGGCAGCACAACUCAGGCCCCUGGGUCCUCUCUGACCCCCGACCCAGAGCAGCCUCCCACCUCCCCAGGAAGCAGGGCUCCCCUUGUGCAAGGUACAAACCCCACCACCAGGAGCCUGCCCCAAAGAAUGAACCUGACGGGGGCGGUCCGCGUGCUCUGUGAGCUCGAGAGGGUGACCAUUGCUAUCCAGAAACGCUUCCUGCAGCAGGAGUCCAUCCCCGAGUCCUCCUUGUACCUGGGCCAGCCAGCCUGCAACGUGAGCAGCAGCAACAGCACGCAUGUGCUCCUGGAAGCUGGCUGGAGCGAGUGCGGGACCGCCGUGCAGAGUAACAUGACGAACACGGUGGUGAGGACCAUGCUGCGCAAUGACCUGUCCCCAGAGGGUGUCAUCCACUACCUGAAGAUUCUGAGCCCCAUCCACUGCGCCUUCCGAAAUGACCUCCUGGCAUCAUCGGGCUACACCCCAGAGUGGGGGGUUUAUACGAUCAUUGAGGACCUCCAUGGAGCUGGAAAUUUUGUCACUGAAAUGCAGUUAUUUAUUGGAGAUUCUCCUAUACCUCAAAAUUAUAGUGUGUCUGCCAGUGACGACGUCAAGAUCGAGGUGGGGCUCUAUAGACAAAAAAGUGACCUUAAGGUGGUCCUGACGGAGUGCUGGGCAACCCCAUCGAGCAAUGCCAGGGACCCAGUGAUGUUCAGCUUCAUUAACAACAGCUGCCCCAUUCCCAACACGUACACCAACGUCAUCGAGAAUGGGGACUCCAACAAGGCUCAGUUUAAGCUGAAGAUCUUCUCCUUCAUCAACAACUCUAUUGUGUAUCUGCACUGCAAACUUCGAAUCUGCAUGGAAUCACCCGAAGCCACAUGCAGAAUAAACUGCAAUAAUUUCCGGUCACUGAGAAGUAGUGAGACACCUGCUACACACCUGACAUCCUGGGGGCCCCUCGUUCGGUCUGAAGGUGACUCUGCAGGUGGACAGCCAGGCCUGGGAGUGGGCUACGUGGUCCUCAUUGUGGUGGCCGCCUUUGCCUUGGUGACAGGCAUAGCUGCCCUCCUGCUCAUGCGCUACCAGAGGAUGACCGGGAGGUACAACUUCAAAAUCCAGUCUGACAACUUCAGCUACCAGGUGUUCUAUGAAUGA